AUGGUUGUGAAACUAUACACCUACGACAUGAGCCCGCCAGUGCGCGCGUGCAUGAUGGCUUGUGAGAUCUUCAAUGUACCAUUCGAGAAGAUGCCAAUCGACCUUCAGGCUGGUGAACAUCUUACACCAGAAUUUUUAAAAAAAAAUCCCAUCCACCAAGUCCCCGUUAUGGAAGAUGGAGAUUUAACAUUACAUGACAGCCACGCAAUACUGCCGUAUCUCGCUGACACCUACGGAAAGGACGACUCUUGGUAUCCCAAAGACGUUAAGAAACGUGCGCUUGUGAACCAGAAAUUAAUCUUCAACGCAGUUAUUAUUUGCGCUAGAGCACGAGACGUUACUGGGCAAGUAGUGAUGACAGGAAAGAGGAUUAUUAAACCAAAAUUGAUAGCAGCUGUUGAAGAAGGCUACGAGUUCAUGGAAGCAUUCUUGUCCCGGACAAAAUAUAUCGCUGGAGACCAUGUCACAAUCGCUGAUGUAGCAAUUUUGGCUGUUUUGACGUCUCUCACACAAAUUAUAAAAUUAGAUGUUCAAAAAUACCCAAAGACAUCGGCCUGGUUAGAAAACCUGAAAACAGCGCCAUAUUGUAAGAAAUAUGAUGAAGCAGGUGCAAAUGAACUAGCAGCGUAUGUUAAUAGUAGAGUUGCAUAA